CUGUAUUCUAUUGAAUCGGCAAUGCUUGUAGUGUGCAGUCAUAUUUUUUAAUUAUUACGCCUUUGCGAUAAUUAAUCGUAAAUUGCUUAUUAGCGGUUUGUUAUUUUACGUCAUUCCAGUGCGGUGUUGUUGUAAUUUAAUAUAGGCUGAUUCCGUAAUAAAACUCAGACACGGCUCUUUACUCCGUAAUCUAAAAGUUUCGCAAUGGUUUUGGGAAAUAUUUCUGAAUUGAAGGGCAAAUCAGCUAAUGUUGCUGAGUCCGUGCAGCGAGCCCGCGACGCUUUCAACAGAGGCGUCACAAAACCCGUAGAAUGGAGGCGACAGCAACUGGAGAGCCUGAUGCGAAUGUACAAGGAGAACCAGCAGGCCAUGAUCGAUGCCCUCAGGGAGGACCUGCGGAGGAGCAAGAUGGAAGCCGUGCUGUUGGAGGUCGACUAUCUCAUCAAUGACUUGACGAACACGCUGCAUAGCUUGGAUGAAUGGGUCAAACCUGAGAGACCAUCAAAAGGCCUGGUGAACAUACUGGACGAAGUAGUGAUCUACAACGACCCAUAUGGCGUGGCCCUGAUUAUCGGCGCAUGGAACUACCCUCUGCAGCUGUUGUUGCUGCCAAUGGCUGGCGCCAUAGCCGCCGGCAACGCAGUGGUCAUCAAACCCAGUGAAGUGGCCGAGUCUUGCGCCAGAUUUGUUGCUGAGAUGGUGCCUAAAUACUUGGACAAUGAUGCCGUGGUGGUCGUGCAAGGUGGUGCCGAAGAGACGACUGUGUUACUAAAAGAGAAGUUCGACUACAUCUUUUACACUGGAAGCACUGGUGUGGGAAAGAUCGUAUACGAAGCGGCCACCAAGCAUCUCACACCAGUGACUCUGGAGCUGGGAGGGAAAAGCCCUGUAUACAUAGAUAGCUCAGCCGACUUGGAAGUGACUGCCAAGCGUAUACUAUGGGGCAAGUUCAUCAACAUGGGCCAGACAUGCAUCGCGCCAGACUACAUCCUCUGCAGCAAAGAGAUCCAGGACAAGUUUGUGGAAGCCUCCAAGAAGGUCCUGAAGUCCUGGUACGGUGAGGACCCUCAGAAGUCGCCGGACCUUUGCCGCAUCAUCAACAACAGGCAUUUUAGUCGAAUCCAAGCGGUCCUCGACGCGAACAAAAGCAAAGUAGUUGUCGGUGGCAACUACGACGCCAAAGACAAGUUCAUUGAACCGACCAUCCUGGCCAAUGUGUCUCCCUCUGACAAGAUCAUGGAGGACGAAAUAUUUGGGCCACUUCUGCCCAUUGUCCCGGUGGCUGACGCGUAUGAGGCCAUCAAAUUCAUCAACGAAAGAGAGAAGCCGCUAGUGCUGUAUGUCUUCGCGAAAAACAUGGGCGUGGUCUCCAGCCUCACAAGCAACACCAGCAGCGGCGGCGUCUGCGUCAACGACACCAUGAUGCACAUGGGAGUGGAGACGCUGCCAUUUGGUGGCGUGGGCAACAGUGGUAUCGGCGCGUACCACGGCAAAAAAACUUUUGACACAUUCACGCACAAAAAGAGCUGCUUGAUCAAGAACUUCGCUGCCAUCGGAGAGAAACUUGCUUCGGGCCGGUACCCUCCAUACACGGAAGGCAACCUUAAGUUCAUCACCAGCAUGAUGAAGCCCAUGCACGGGCCCUCGCUUAAGUGUCUACCGUACCUGCUGACUUUCGCACUCGGCGCCGGACUGGGCUACGGAAUAUUCUAUUGGACUAAGGCUACAUCAGAAGAAUUGUGAAGAAUCGGCCGAAUCAAAAUGAUAAAAUAUUGUUAAGUAUUUAUAGGUGCCUUAAUGUUUUGGAAAAAGUUCUCUAUGUUGUUAUCAUAUUAACAAAAUCGUGAAAAAUUGUUUAUUGUUCUCUAAAAAGUGCUAUAUUUUCAUAUUUACCUGAGUUUUUAUACAUUUCUUUAUGCAUUUAUUUUUUUGUGGUUUUAAGUUUAAUAUAAUUGUAUGUAGACCAGCUAGAAACUUAAGCUCAUUCUAUAUUUUUGAGCACUGAUUUGAUUAUAAUAAUAAUUUUAUAAUUAAUUUAACUUUGUGAUAUACAGGGCUGUCUUUGGAAAUCGGUGGUCCUAAUUAUUAAAAUAAACGAAUAAAAUAUAAAUCGCAUUAUUUUCAAAUUACAUGGUAUCACACAAUUCUUGCACAAUAUUAUAUUUUACACACUGCAAGUUAUUAUUUCUUUUUAUAACAUAUUUUAUAAUAUUUUUUAUUCUUAUAUUUUUCUCCUUGUAAAAUCGACAAAGUACCGUCUAGUUCAAAUUAAAAAAUAAAUCUGCUCAUCGGAAAGAAUUGAAGUCACGAAAAACAAUGGAGGAUAAUAAAGUUAUUCCUAUUUAUUUAUUAUCUAAAUGUUUG